AUGCUUGAGUAUGCAACUAAGUUUACGAUGAAUGGCAAGUACAUUGUCAGGCUAUCUGGAAAGAAUACAUACGUUGGCCUGUUUACGCUUGAUGCUCUGCGCGGUGUCGGUGAUGUUCCAGAGUUGGAUAUCUUGGAACGCUCCAUGCUUAGCAAGAUGAAACUUCAACCAUUGUCUGAUGAAGAGAGAAAGACGCUUUUCAACGAGGAGAUCGAAGUAGAAGAAGAAGUACCAGUAGAAGGACCAACAGAUAAAUCCAAGGUGAUAUGGAAAAAACUUAACAAGUACUUGGAAUAUUCCGAGAAUGUACUUGUAAAUGGAAUGCACAUUCUCAAGAUGCGCAAAAAAGACACUGUAAUCGGCUUGAUGACUGAUGACCAUAUUGCUGCAGAGAAUGUAGAAUGUCAUUCUCUUAGCCAGAAGGAAAAAGAGAAGUUGUUUGCUAUGGGAUUUAAACCGCAUGAGCAUAAGCAAAGCUUGCCACAGAAAGAUGAGAGCACAUGUGAGGAUGAUAAAGAUGCUGAGGGCGAUAAAGAUGCUGAGGAUGACAAAGAUGCGGUGGGUGAUAAAGAUGCUGAAGAUGACAAAGAUGCUGAGGGUGAUAACGAUGCUGAGGAUGACAAAGAUGCUGAGGGUGAUAACGAUGCUGAAGAUGAUAAAGAUGCUGAGGAUGAUAAAGAUGCUGAGGAUGUUAUGUGGAAAAGUCGAGACAAAUUUACCAACAACAAACAAAAGCAGAAGUUAAUUGCCAUGGGGUUCACGAUCGAGGAAUUGCCUAAAUUGUACUCUCCAGAUGUAAAGUUUUGGUAG